AUGCCUUUAAUAGCUCUAUUUAACGGCCGCAAUAAUCAUGUGCGCCGUGUACAAGAUCCUCCACCACCACCAUCAACAAUAAUUACGCAUCAAUUCCAAACAGAUGACGAGAAUCAUCGACAAGAUCCUCAUGUUUCACCUGUAACAAAAAUUAAGCAUCAAUCUCAAACAAAUCGAGGUCGUCAGGACGGUCCCUCACGUGAAUUUUACCUUCAAACCCCUAGAUCACUCAUAGCACCAUCACUAUCAUUCCCACGUGAACCUCAAUCUAUAGCACAAAUUGAGUACAAAGCAACUCAAGAGGCACAUAUUUUUAAGGCUAAUUUGCAUGGAUACAAAAAAGAAGAAGUGAAGGUACAAGUGGAAAAUAAUAAAGUCCUAAAGAUAAGUGGGGAGAAAAAAAUAGUACAAAAAGAAUAUGAUAAUUGGCACCAUUUUCAGAGAAGAAAUGGGAAUUAUUUUACUGCUUUUAAUUUGCCUGAGGAUGCUAAGGUUGAUAAAGUGAAAUCAUCAAUGGAAAAUGGAGUGCUUGUUGUCACUGUUCCUAAGAAGGGAGCCAAGAAAUCUAGAACAUUUUUUUUCAAAUAAUAUAUUUGAUAGUAUAUUUUUAUCUUU